AUGGUUAACCGACGACUGACCACGUGGCUGGAAGACCAUAAACUUCUCGACCAACGCCAAUUUUCCUUCCGGAAGGGACUCGGUACUGGAGCUCACCUAGGCUCCCUCGGUGAAAUACUGGACAAAGCCAAAUCUGAAAACCUCCACGCCGACAUCGCCAUUCUCGACGUGGCAAAAACCUACAACACCGCCUGGCGCGAAGGCGUACUACAAGAAUUAAAGCGAUGGGACAUACAGGGAAACUUCGGUGUGUUCAUUCAAAACUAUCGAACCAAUCGCCGCUUCCGGGUCUGCUUAGGCGGUACAUUAUCCGACGAGUUCCGCGAGACCAACGGAGUGCCGCAAGGAUCAGUACUAGCUGUGACCCUAUUCCUCGUGAGGAUAAACUCGCUCUUCACCGCGCUACCCGGGGGCAUCAUCUUGGUGGCCCUAGGGAGAACCAUCCCCCAUACAAGGAUAUCCCUCCAGGCGGCCGUCAACGUAGUCGGCCGAUGGGCACUCGCGACCGGCUUCAACAUCGCAGCAGAAAAGUGCGCCAUAACACAUUGCUGCAGCACAUAUCACCCAGCCAACGCCCGACCAAUACGCCUCAACAACAUCGUAGUUCCGUUCCGAAAGGAACCAGUAGUUCUCGGGAUCACGCUCGAUCGGAAACUAACCAUGAUGCCACAUUUCCGACGAUUAAAAACGACUGCGAGAAGCACUGAACGUCGCAAGAUCCCUAAGACAUAG